AGCAGUCAGUCAGUCAGUCACUCAUACGCAGCUUGAGCGGUGACUCAGUGAAUCGUAUCAAGUCGUAUGCCGUACGUUGAGCGACGUCAGACUUCAGAUUCAGACUAUAUCUCGAUAACGUGACACAUACCGCCGGCUUAUUAACCGUCAGGCACCGCGUGAGUCCGUCAAUCAGUGGACCCACCUCCUUGAUACUCCUCGACUAAUCGCUCGACGUACUUUGUACCACCGUGAGACAAUCCAUUCUCUUUGUCGGCUAUUCCGCUCUCGUUCAGUUCGAUAAUUGUCCACGUUCGUACCAUUUCGGAUCUAUUGAGAUUUCGUGGUGAGAGUGAGCUAAAACGCGGGAAUCCAACUCGACGACCAUCAACGACGCCUGUGAAGGCUAAAGCGAUGUUAUCGAAAUGGAGUUGGAUUGUUUUUAAUCUUAUUGUUUAUGUAACCACUACCUCACACGGAGAAACUCUCUCGGAGAAUGAAGCUAAAGCUAAAGCUGUGAUCGCAUUUAUCGAAUUAGAUUAUGAAGAUGUAUGUUACGACAUUGCCAAUGUUAAGUGGCCAUUUAUCUUGUCACCUUCCAAUAAAACACUGUCAACAUGGGAAAUACAGCAAUAUAAUUAUGCAGGAUUUACGAAAGCGCGAAAAAAGGAAAUAAUCGAAAUAAAAGAUAUAAAAGAACAAUUGAAAUCAUCUCUUCGAUAUAAAUAUGACAUGAUUGAAAAACCUGGUGAUGCAUUACUAAAAAACGAAGAUUGGAGAAAGUUUAUUCAUUUCGUUGGCACCGUGGAAUUGCAACGAUCAAUUAUCAAUUAUAUUAAUAAAUCGCAAAACUAUUCACGAGAAGGUGUGGAAUAUUUAUUCUCUCAUAGUAGAAAAUUAGAAGAUAAACAAACUGCUUGGAAUGCUUGGUAUCGCCAAUUUAUGCCAUUAGUGACAAAUUAUUCAAACAAUUUGCUACUCGUUGUUGAAGCUGCAAAACAAAAUGGUAUCAACAAUGUUGAGGAAUAUUGGGAAAUGCUGUCAGGAUACUCUGGCGGAUACGGCAAAAUAAAUAAUGAGUGGAGUCGGAUUAAUAAUCUUCACAAGAAGAUUGUCAAAUUUGUCGGUACAAACUUGGCUCGAAAGUACAAUAUUACUAUAAAUGAUACACUUCCGGCUUAUUUACUCGAUAGCUUACAAGGAUACGAUUGGACAGAUGUAUCAUCAGAUGCGUUACCCUACUCAGAGUUAAUCUAUGAUCUGAAAAAAAAUCUUUGGAAAAAGAAAUAUGUAGGAAAAUCUCUGUACAACACUGCAUCCAGUUUGGGUUCAUUACUAUUGAAACAAGUUCCACAAGCAGAAUUUUGGGAUAAGAGUGAAUUUAAUCAACAGUGUCCAUCUAGAUUGUUAAACUUUUAUCGAUAUAAAUAUACAAUGAGAGUUUCUACUUGUUCCAAAGCCACAAUAAGCAAUUUCUUGGUAGCACAUGAAGAUGUUGGUAAAGUACUAUUUAAUCAAAUGACUGUAGAAAACACUCCAGUUCUCGAAACAGUGAACAGAUAUUCUGGAUUAGAAGAAGGUAUAUCAACACUAUUUGGAAUACUAUCGGCAAGUCCUGCAUGGCUCAAUCAUACUCAUUUAAUGAAUAAUAUUAAGGAUGAUCAGCAACGAAUGAUUGUAUCUUUAACUAUAACUGCCUUGAAUAUAUUUCCACGAUUAGCAUAUUAUUACUCCGCUGAUUUAUGGAGAUUAAAUGCAAUUCGAGAAAAUAUUACAAAUCCAGCAGAUUUGAUAGCAUCUUGGUGGAAGUACAGGCAAGAGUAUGAAGGUAUCUCUUCUAUUGAUAUGGAUUACCCUACCUUCAUAGACGAUAGUCAUGUUGUUAGAAAUAAACCAUAUCUUUCCAAAAUUCUUGGCAUAAUGCUAUCUUUUCAAUUAUAUGAAUAUAACAUGGAUUCGACAGAAAUUAGAUAUAAUUUUGAUGGAAAAUUAUUGAAUAAGAAUAUAAUAAAAAUGAUUCAACAUAGUGGAACCCGCGAGUGGCAAGAUGUCCUAAAUAAAUUCGUUGAUAUAGACGAUAUAUCUGCAGAUGCACUUAUUCAGUAUUUCACACCGUUAGAAGAAUUUAUUGAAGAAAACGAGGAAAACUUCGAAUACAAAUCUGGAGCAACAGCAGAAAAAGAACUUGAAGAAUUGGAGAAACAUACCUUGCGAGAGAUCAACACUCCUACUACAACGCCUCCGAGUUCUACUACCACACACAGUAUAACAACAAAAGCAUCAUACAAGAUAACAAGUAACACGAAAAAUAUGCAGUCAAAAGUAGAAAAAUCUUUAGAAUCUAAAUCGUCCAUAUACAUGGAAGAUAAGCCGAACAAUUCUGGAUCCGACUUAAUAACUCAAGUUUCUUUCAACGAAUCCUCAUCAUCGAUGCCCGAUAUUUUGAACGACACAGAAAAAAGUACACCAAAGAUUAGUACUAGUAAAGCGGUAUGGGCCACAAGCGCAGUUCUCAUUGCGAUAAUAAUCAUCUGUAUCAUUGCGAUUUUCGGAAGACAAAGAUGUCGUAAAACGCCAAAAAAUAGACGAUACGUUUAGCAGUAUACAUUUUUGUUAAUAAACAUAUUUAUUUUUCGCAUUUAGGCAUUAAAAGAAUUUGAUCAUGUAACUUAUUAUCACAACAAUUCCUCUGGGAGUUAUUUUCUAAUCGUUCUUUAGUAUUCGACAUCAUGCAUUCCUUGAUAAUCGUAAUGCGUUCCUUGUAUUUUUUUUUCAACAUUACUAACAAUCAACCAGCUCAAUCAAAUUUGCCUUGUACCUCUACCUCCAAAUCUCAUUCAGGAACGAGCUUUUAGCUAUUUCCUGUUAUGCCUUCGUUUAAUGUUAUAAAAGUUUUGACAUUAAAUAUAUUUCUCGAUGGAUUUAUCAAUUAUUCUAUUCUAGAGUAAUUAUAUAAUAACAAUUUGUAUGAAUAAUAUUGAGCACAAAGAAUCCUAAAAAAUGCGAUUACAAAUUUUGCACCUAUCAUAUAACUUUAAUAUGUACACAAAAUAUGAUUGUAUAACAUA